UCCCUCAGCUACCCAAGAUGGCGGCAGCCUCAUCCAUCCAGCCGCCGAGCGUUCACUCUUCUCUAGCCCGGGAGAGCGCACUUUCCCCGGUGAUGGACAGCCCCGACAGCCGGCAGCCGGAGGAUGAUGAGGCGGUGGCGGUGGUGGCAGCGGCGGCGGCAGGAGCGGUGGGAGCGGCGGGAGCGGCUGGCGCGUCGGGAGCGCAGCCCUCCGAGCCCGGGAUCAGCCUGCGCGACCUGCCGGACCUGGAUCCGGAGGAGAUCGAGAAGCGUCUGGCCAAAACUCGCAUGGAGCUGAGCAACAGGAGGAAAAUCCUGAUAAAGAACCUUCCGCCGGACACCACCAACCAGGAGGUCCAUGAAAUUCUGAAAGAGUAUGAGCUGAAGUACUGCUUCGUGGACCGCAACAAGGGCACAGCCUUUGUGACUUUGCUGAACGGGGACCAGGCUCAGGAUGCCAUCCGCUCCCUCCAUCACAGCACUGUCCGGGGACGCCUGAUCAACGUCACCCUGCAGCCCACCGACUCCCUGCUGUGCCUCACCAACCUGCCGCACACCUUCACCGCCCAGCAGCUGGAGGAGCUGGUGCGCGCCUACGGAAACAUCGAGCGCUCCUUCCUGGUGUACAGCGAGCUGACGGGCCACUCCAAGGGAUAUGGGUUUGUGGAAUACAUGAAGAAGGACUCAGCUUCACGGGCCCGAUCUGAGCUGCUGGGCCGGCCGAUGGGCGACCGCUCACUGAUGGUGCAGUGGAUGGACGUCAACCAGCUGAGCCAGGAGGAGAACCUGCACUCCAGGUGCCUGUGUGUGGACCGACUGCCGCUGGACCUCUGCGACUCCGAGGAACUGACGCAGCUCUUCUCUGAAACCUACAAACCCGUCUUCUGCCAGCUUGCUCAGGACGAGGGCAGCCCGGUGCGGGGGUUCGGCGUGGUGGAGUACGAGAGCUCGGAUCAGGCAGAGGCUGUGCUGACGGAGUUGGACCGGACGCUGGUGGGAGGACAGGAGGUCCGUCUGUCACCAUGUUCCCCCGGCACCACGGGGAGAAGCACCCUGGCUGCACUCAUCGCCGCCCAGGGGAUGAUUCUGAGCAACAGGAAGGGUCUCCUGCCAGAACCGAACCUGGCCCAGUUGCUGACCAGUUUGACGAACCCCGCCGCCCUGCAGAUCCUCAUGAGGCCAUACCACACUGGGAAACGAGGAGGGAAGUACGGCCGUCACAGCAGCAUGCCCUUCCUCAGACCCCCCCUCACCACAGCUCUGCUCACCCUGGGAAAAGCACACCAGAACGCCAUGCUCGGUAAUGGACUCGUCCUUCAGAACCUCCUGCACAUGCAGCUCGCACAGCAACAGCUCCUUCACAUCAAAGACAAGCGCAUCAGUAGUGUCUCCAGUCUGCUCGGGGACCCGUCCAGGCUGCUGAUGCAGAAAGCUCUGUCUCUGCGGCCUCCAGGCCUCGUGGCUCUGGGGAAAGGCCUCCUGGGAGACUCGCCUACAGAGUUGAGUCAGGAGUCAGUGCCACCACCAACCCACAAUCCCACUGUGGUGGUGUCAGCCGCGGGUAUGAUGCCGUACCUCCAGAGUAGAGCCGGAGAACAACUCGGCGCCCACUCCCUCUCCACCACCCCGUCCUCGUCCUCCGGCGAGAGACAGCCGGCUCCUCCCGGGACGAUGGUGAGCUCCCAGGUGCAGGGACAGAGCUAUGCCCUGGGUAUACCUAACUCAGGCCUCGGGCACCCGCCACCCAAACCCCCUGGAGGAGUGUACACAUCAACAGGCCAUCACAACAGUGCAGAUGGCUGCCCCCUGGGGAGCAUGGUGAACUGUGGUCAGAGUUCUCUGUUGGGGGAUCCUCCUAAAGAGGUCCGCAUGCCCUCCAAUCCGUACCUGAACCUGGCCAGUGUCAUGCCAGGGGUCGUUCUGCAAGGGUCGGUGGGGAGUAAAACCCAGGGAGGACAGCCUGGCUCUGGGAUGUACAGCACCUCCGUGGCUCCCGUCGCCUCCCAGGCCUCCGGCUCCUUCUCCCACAGCGCUGCACCGACAACCACUGCCCAGUACAGCACCGACACCUCCACCGACUACAGCCAGUACAACCAGGCGUACACACAGGAGGCCAUGCAGCAGUGGUACCAGCACUACCAGGCAGCAGCACAAGCUCACAGCUACAACACCGCUGCUCCACAGGAGAGCACGACUGCAGACUACACUAAGGAGCACACACAGCCUCCCCCGGUGGCCACCUAUGGGGACUACAGCUCCUACAUGCAGGCGGUCACUCAGUACUACUCCCAACCUGCAGCCGCCAACCAGGCCUACGGCAGCAAGGAGGUGGACGUGUGUAAGCCUCUGGGCGUCUCUCUGCACGCAGUCAGCAACGGAGCGGCUCCUCCACCAGCCGUCCUGCCAGCUGCCGCCGUGCUCCCGGCCUACAGCACCAUGCCACUGAUGCCCGGCUUCCUCGGGGCGCCACACCCGGCAGCGGCUGCUCCGCACGCACACCCUGCCGCCACGGACUGGAACACUUACUACUAUAACCAGACCAGGGGCCAUAAGAGAGAGUACCCUCAGCUGGCGGUGCAGGAAGUGACAUCAUCGGAGGGCGCCUACAUCGGGCAGCACUCGCAGGGUCUGGGCGGCCAGUACGCCGACUACUUCAAGAGGAAGAGGCUCUAGUACGAAACCAAACCACCUUUAAAGCCUGAAGCUUAUGGAGGGAGGCACAAGCGGCGUCUGCCCGAUGUCACAGCUCCCUCUAGUGGCCUUUCUGUGGCUGCCAUUUUGCAUCCCUACAGGAGGUAUGAGCUGAAUUAGGGUUGCAAAUGGCUCAAGUUAAAGCAAGCCAUAGUGCUCAGUGAUACUGGCAUUUAUGUACACGCAAACACACACACAACACACACAGACACACACAUGAACACAGUGUUGCUUUCGUCCUGUUCAAAGCCUUAAAUCUUAAGCUCAUGUUUCUUAGUCAGAGUGUCGACUGUACUUAACUAAUAUAACCUUGUACAUGUUUUCUAAUCUACUGUAAACUGACGUAUAUUGUAUCUGUACGUACGAGCUGCUUUUGUAAUCGCAGCCAGACGACGUGUGUGUCGGCUCUCACUGUCACGUCCCUUCCUCUUUGUGCGUUUCCUACUUUCAAAGGACAAAAUGGUGUCGCACACUCACGCUUUGAUCCGUCAGUCGAGCUGACAUCCUGUUUAUUCCCGCUUCAGUGUCUUUCUCUCUUUUUUCGUUUUAUUGCCCAGACUCCUCUUUUUAUAUCUAUUCGUUCGGAGGAUUGGAGUGUGUGUGUGUGUGUGUGUGUGUGUUUUUCUGUGUAUGUGUGUGUGUGUGUGUUUGAUAUGCUGUAUCUGUAGGAAGCUUCAGCCAUUUAAAUCCCAAAGUUGGGAGCAAAUCAGGAAAAAAUAAAAGGGCCUGAAUAAAUGAAAGCCCUUAAAUGUGUUGAGUUACAGAAGCUUCCCUCGGUGAACGGACCUUGUAUACAGGCUUGUAUAUAAACAGUGUGUGAUGCUGACUAUAUAAAGCCAUGUGCAUUACAGACUAUAUCGUAAACAUGUAAAAUAAUAUAAUGAACAUUUCCCGGCUCUUUUGUGAUUUUUUUUUUUUUUUUUUCAAUCUAUUCUGUUAUAUAUUUGUAAUAUUAUAAUCAAAUAAUAUUCAAGUCAUUUUAUUAACAUUGAAUUAACUGGUUUUGACUUUAAAUGUAGAUAUUUGGUUUGGUUUUUAACAUUUAACCCUCCUCUUCCUCUUCCUCUUCCUCUUCCUCUUCCUCUUCCUCUUCCUCUUAAUGCCAGGCAGUUUUUCAGAAACAGCUUCUCUGUCUGUAACAGGAGCUUUUCUUCCAUUUCCACCCUCCAUUAAUAUAUAAAGGUUUUCUGACUGUAUUUAUGUCCUACCUCCACACUGCAGAAUACUUUCAAGCAGGGUUUUGAGUUUGCUGCAAGAGUGAAAGUACAAUCUAGAGCCCGUCCAAAGUCUGAAGGAUGAAAACUUGUUUAUGUUUCAGUUCAGGCUCAAUUUAUUUUAAUAUAUUUCAUUAUAUUUGUGUUUUCUUCUUAGAAAUCUUUUACUCCCUAAUAUCAGAAUAAGCAUCAGCCCUUAAAAUCCCAUAUCGGUCGGGCUCCAGUAUUUAUCCAGUAUAUAAUCAUACAGGAAACAAUCUGUUGAUUCACAAACAUCGUUCAAUGGAAUGAAAGAGGAAGAAAUCCUGAUAUCCAAAAGAAGUUAGUUUUCAGUGCAGUAGUAUAAGUAUUCAGUGUGGGGUUGGGACACAGUCUUUAUCAUUGGACAAUGAUAAUCAGACAUUUCUGCACAUUUAAUACUUUAGUGCAAAAAGCUAACUCUUAAUGCCAAUCGUAUUUGAGGGCUUGUUUCUUUCUAGUGGCUUUUAUAAUGGAUCCAUACAAAUAAUCCUAUUCCUUUUCUUUCUUUCUUUUGCUUUUGGUGAUUUCUAUUAUUCCUGGUGGUACAAGGACGCUGGACCCAAAUGCGCUUCACGUCCAGGAGGCUUGUUUGACGUUCAUAACCAUGGAGAGGGCUCAGUAUUCUAAUAUCACAAACCGGCAAUAACUCAAGGCUCCUGCCGCUGCAGAAAGACGAAUGUGAAAUCUUUAUGUUGCAGUGUAAAGCUUGUUUUUUUCAUGCAGCUUAAUACAGUCCUGUGUUUUUUGGGGGGGGUUCUACUCACAACCGUCUGAUUAUGUAUUACGGAGCGGAGUAUUACUUGCAUCGCCAUGGCAACCCGGCUGGCACACUGUGAAAACCAAUAGCAGGUGUAAACAGGAAGCACGUGAUGUUUACAAGAGCCGAGUAUCGGUGGUGGUGUGAAGGUAACACUUGUUAAAUACUGAUAAAAAGGCUUAAACGCAAAACUGAAAGCAAUAGAUGUCCCACAGUGCGACGACACACAAACACACACACACACACACACACACACACACACACACUCACACACUUUCCCGGUUUCCCCCUUCGUCCCGUAUCGUUAGUAUCUCCCGUUUGCUCACAUCCUGCCUCGCUCCUCCUUGUUCAUGUAGUUAAAACUCGUUUUAAUGGAUCCACUGAAGAUUUAAUGGAGACACAAAAAAGAAUGUGUGUGUGUGGGGGGGGAGUGAGAGAAUUUGAAAUUGAUAAAUAUUUGCACAAACACAGAGAGGAAGAGGAAUGGCGGCUGAUCGAAGCCUUCUUCUUCCUCCUCUCUGUGCCUCUGUUCUGGUUUUAGUAAAAUCCUGCAAACUCUUUCACAUUUUCAACGUUCAUCGACUCUUUUUUGUUUUUGUUUGUGAAGACUUGUUUCCGCAGUUUGAGGAUCAGAGCGAUUCCAGUUCAGCCACUUUAUCUUUAUCAGUUGUUUUCAUGCUGGAGGCUCAUAUUUGCCUCAAUUUGAUUUCGGACAGUUCCAACUUCCAUCUCUGAUCCGGAAAUCUAUGUUUAUUGAAUUAAUACGCAAACACAUAGCCUCCACAUGAAAGAAAAUGCAUGAAAGAAAAAUGUUGUCAUUGGAAAAUUAAGAUUUUAUCCAUUUAUUUUAACUUCAGAUCAUUAGCAUACAUUUCUAAACAACCAGUUUUAUUGAUCACACAGUUUUUUCAGUUUACAGACACAGUGGAUCUGGAAGUGAAAACCUCUUCCCUCAUCCUUUCUGCUGCUUUAACUCGUGAACUGUGUGUUUGCUCAGUUCUUCCAGGAAUAGCAAACAAACUUAUUUUGGACAAAAGACAGAGAUCCAAUAAGCCCGGCCCCCCCGACACACACUCUGCUGAAGUCAAAUCUAAUUUCUCAAGACAUCUCUCUCAAGACAUCUCUCAAGACAUCUCUCCCUCCCUCUCUCUCUCUCUCUCUCUGUCUCUCUCUCUCUCUCUCUCCGUCUGCGGCUACUUGUCUUUUUGCAUCCCCCCCCUCAAGCAGUUCUUAUCUAUUGAUUUGGUUUUGUCACUGUCUCAAUGGCCUCAUCUCGCGGGAAUCCAACCGGUCCACUGAGACACAUUUUAUGGAGACACACUCACCUGGACCAGUGGCUCGGAGCCAGGACUCCUUACCCGGCUCCGAGCCACUGGUUGAUUUGCUUCUCAGUGUGAGUGGAUGAAAAGUAGCUCUCUCUCCUCCACCUCGUGGACGUGAGCAGCUGAGGCCCCGUCUGUCUCUCAGCCUUUCUGUUUUCCAGUCUGACCAGUCAAAAGAUUCAACUACUAAUGUCAGUGAACUGUGUGUGUAGAUUUAAAAACCAGAAUGAAGACACAGAUAAAAGCCAUAGACUUUAUAUGAAUUGUCUCCACUAUCUAGAAAUUAAGCCAAAUUACCAUCUAGUACAAAACUGAAUCCUUCAUGAUUUUCACACAAACUUUUGUGUAGUUUUUGUGUCGUCCUGCUGACAAACUAACAAAUACAGAAGAAAACGUAAUCUCCCAUUUCUAUAAUCAAAUAACAAGCUAAACGUGUGUAAAAACGAUAUGAUAAGAAUGACCAAAGAUGAAAAACCGUCUUCAUUUUCUUUGUUUUCAUUUGGGCCAUGUCUGUGGGAGAAGCUGGGUUUCAUGACGUUUACUGCAGCCGACCACCAGGGGGCGAUUGAGGCGUUUUGGCUUCACUUUUGGAGAGUGUUAGCGCUGGGGUUUGUUUAUUUCUGUCUUUUUCUCUGCUAACAUGCUUCUACACGAUAGAAGGAGUCGUACUGUCUGGAAGUCUGGAUUUCUGCGAUCAAAAAAACGAAGGAAUAUCUGAUAAGAACACAAGUCGAUUUUAUCGUGAAGUGUUUUUAAGUUAAGUUUUUUCUGUACCUUCAGAGAGAUGUGUCUGUGCAGGUCCUGCUGGAGCCAGAGAUGGUUUGUUAAGCACAUGUUUACAUUCUUCUGUGAGAGUUCAGACUCUGCCGAAUGUUUUGCACUUUCAAGUUGUCCGAGCUCACGUCUCUCGCGUCUGCUGCUCCUGAACUUUCCCGACGUUGUCACUGAAUUGCAGAUAAUGAGAGAUGAACUGCUUCCUUCUUCACCUUGGGUGUGUGUCUGUCUUUCGUGUGUGUGUGUGUGUGUGUGUGUGUAUUUGUGUGAGAGUAGAAGUGUGCUCCUGGUAGGUAAUGGGGUUGAGGAGAAUGGGAAAACAAGUCAAGCUGCUCUCAGCUGCAGGACAAUUUCAUUUAUUUAUUGUCUCUCUAUCGUCUCAGUGAAGGGUCUUGGUUAUUUCUGCCACAUUCCUGUUGCAGGUACUUGUAGAGCUGUCACACACACACACACACACACACACACACACACACACACACACACACACACACACGCGACAGGAUGUGGUCAGGUAAUCAAGACUCUUCGGGUUUGGUCCUGUGUCCUCCCGGGUGGUUGUGUGUUCAGGGUGUGUCAGUAAAGACAUCAAGGUUUCCAUGUACAGUGCAGAAGGUUUGUUAAAGUGAGGUCAGAUCCGGAUAUUGUUUAUUGAUCCUUGCAGCGAUCAGUCGAUAGAGAAAACUAAAUGUCUUCAGCAUCUGGUUCGACUGCCGGUUCUCACGUCUGAUUGGUUUCUACUCGGCUGGAAGAUUGUUCCAAGUGUCUUGGGGAACUUGCCACAGUUGUUCCGUCUCUUCUCAUAGACAUGGUGUUAAAAUGAAGCUAUCGCUGUGAUGUUGUGAUUUAGUGGCAUCUAGUGGUGAGGUUGCAGAUUGCAGCCGACGGAAUACCUCGCUCCAGUGAAACACUUUAACUGGCUGCAUUCUACAAGGAAGGCGGCUAGCACAGACUGUAAAUAAAGAUCGACCAUUUACCAGCGCGACCAACUAACGAGGUCACGCUGAUAAACACGCACAACCAAUUGUGUGUCAGUUUCAGCUGUCAAUCAUGUUUCAUCGUGUUUUGAUUGCAUCAGAUAACAAAUUAAUACCCAACUCACUUUUACAAAUAUCAUUGUGAUAAGAACUACUUGAACGUGUUUAAACUUUUUAUUUAGUCCAUGUCACAUCCCCUAAUGUGGAAGAGGUGGGGGAUUUAUGACCUAUAUGCCACCGGGGCAUGAUCAAGAUAUAUUGGCAUCACCUUAUUGGUCGUCCAUCUCUAAUCACAGCCUGUGAGUUGGAACACAGCCAAGGUCAUGUGAUCAAAGUCUUAACACCUUUUGGUAUUUGGAUUGUUGCAUCGCUUACAUCUUUUUCUUUCAUCGUAAUAAUAACUUGCCACCGACUUUAACCUUAGUUUGUUUUCCAGAUCGUUUUGUUCCUGAACCCGUCGCAACUUCAUCUCUGUGCAUUUUCAUGGUUUUAACGGCAAGUUUAACAAAGAGCUGCGGCAGUUACCCACAAUCCUUCGGUCCUGAUCCUGUAAGCACCACUUUUGUGCUGUUAAUUAUUUUUCAAGCCCCGAGUUCACUUUUAUAUUUGAAUUUAAAAAUGGUGAAUACGUCAUUUUGGGAGUUUUAACCGAUGUUGCAAUAUAAUCUUGAACACUGCCUCCUCCAGUUUGAGUGACUGUGUAAAAUACACACACAGUUCUACAGCUGAGGAAGAAAUCCUUUUUUUUUUUUUUUUUUUUUUUUUUAUGUCUUACUUGUAUUGAACCUUUUUGUGCUACUGAGGAAUGUUCGAGUGGUUCGACCGAUGGAGAAACGGUUUCCUCUGUCGGUUCCUGUGCCACCGAGACGACCUCAUGAUGAUUGUACACAAACACGUUUCCUUCGAGGUGACGCAGCACAAAACAAACACACAAGCUGAGGGCUGAUGCUGAGUCUUUGUUUCUGUUGUGGAAAUGCAGCUUCGUAAUUGACCUUUAGUUUCUAGUGGACGUACGAUAACCGACAAUGAAAUGCAGAGUUUUUAUUUAUUGCAAGAACAGAAAAUCUUACAUUCAGUUUAGUUGUGGUAUUUUUUUUUGUAGGGCUAAGACAAAUGUGGCAGAGUCACUUCAGGUUCAAAUUCAGAUUUUUCUGUUCUUGUGUAAACGGAGCCGCCUCUUAAGCGUCAGUGUGCCACCUACAGACCAGUACAAAUAUUACACAAGGUCGGUGGUGAGGCUGGACUUCGCAGUAGUGAACGACGAAUCCACGUUGUGUGUGUGUGUGUGUUUAUGUGUGAGAGAGUGUUGAACACAAAGCUUUGCAAUACCGAAGUCUAUCGGAGUUUUCAGACACACUUCAAUGGCUGUAGAUAAAUCUAGAUUUGCCGUGCUUCUUGUUUUGGUAACAGUUUUUUGCUUUUACAAUACAUGGAUCUUUUUUUUCUUGACCUGAAAUAUACUGUAGAUUUUUGCAAAAUUUUAUAUCAUAUUGACAUUGAUAUUGUUUUACUGUGAAUAAAGUAUUUCUAGAGCAAUUUUAGCAUGUCUGCUUACACCUGUAAUAUAUCGAACAGAGUUUUCAGUAGAUAAUAAUAUGGUGGUGAUGAUAUUGCAUUUGGACUGACACAAAAAGGACAAAACAAACAUUGAUUUUAUUUAUUUUUUCAUUGUGUAUUUAUGGAUACUUUUAUCUUCCAUAAUUCUUAAUUUUGUCUUAUAUUUUGAAAAAUAUAUUUCUUUUCUCUUAUUUUGAGCAGAAGGAAUUGUCUUUUACAUUCCUAAAUAAAAACGUGGACUGAA